CAGGAGUACACUGUAGAUGUUUUUUUCCGUCAAAGUUGGAAGGAUGAGCGACUUAAGUUCCAUGGACCAAUGAACAUUCUGCCUCUUAACAACCUGAUGGCCAGUAAGAUCUGGACCCCUGACACCUUCUUCCACAAUGGCAAGAAAUCUGUGGCCCACAAUAUGACAAUGCCCAACAAGCUGCUGAGGAUCAUGGAGGAUGGAACCUUGCUCUACACUAUGAGGCUGACAGUUCAAGCUGAGUGUCCCAUGCACCUUGAAGACUUCCCCAUGGACUCUCACUCAUGUCCUCUCAAGUUUGGCAGCUAUGCCUACACUAAGACAGAGGUUACUUACAUCUGGAGUCGUAAUGCCUCCCAGUCAGUUGAUGUUGCACCUGAUGGAUCCAGACUCAACCAGUAUGACUUGGUGGGCCAGAGUGUGGGAAAGGAGACCAUUAAAUCCAGUACCGGAGAAUACACAGUCAUGACAGCUCACUUCCAUCUGAAGAGGAAGAUUGGCUACUUUGUUAUCCAGACAUAUCUACCCUGUAUCAUGACAGUCAUCCUCUCCCAGGUUUCUUUCUGGCUCAAUAGAGAGUCGGUGCCAGCCAGAACUGUCUUUGGUGUAACUACAGUUCUCACAAUGACAACCCUGAGUAUUAGUGCCCGUAAUUCACUGCCUAAGGUGGCCUAUGCUACAGCUAUGGACUGGUUCAUCGCCGUCUGUUAUGCCUUUGUCUUCUCUGCACUCAUUGAAUUUGCUACCGUCAACUACUUCACCAAGAGAGGAUGGGCCUGGGAUGGAAAGAGCGUCAUCAGUGACAAGAAAAAGGAAGCAGCCAUCACAAAGAAGAACAAUGCCUAUGCUGUAGCUGUGGCCAACUAUGCUCCCAACAUUACAAAAGACUCUACGCUGCCCACAAUUUCCAAGUGUGCCCUGGGCAAUCUCAACAAGACCACAGCAGAGACAAAGCCUGAGCAGAACAAGAAAACUUUUAACAGCGUCAGCAAAAUUGACCGCAUCUCCCGCAUCAUGUUCCCUGUGCUGUUUGGGAGCUUUAACCUGGUCUACUGGGCCACCUACCUGAACAGAGAACCAGUCAUUAAAGAUCUGGAUCCUUCCAAAUGA